UCUAUUUAUAGCAUGUCAGAUAUUGAUUGUCUUUGUGGUAUAGGUAGAUAACUAUAAGCUUUAUAGUUUAAGCCUUCAUAUGGGAAACUCUACUUGGUCUACAGUUUUAAAGAGAGAAAAUUCAGACAAGAGGGCAUUUGUUAAAAGGAUACAGAAGAUGGCAUCUCGUGGUGAACUACAUGAUACAGCAAACAGCAAUGUAUUGUCACAAUGGGUGGAGACUGUCACAAGAUUCUCCUCACAAUAUGACACAAAUAGAUGGAACGCUGAUCAGGUGAUAGGGGCACCAAAGGUUUUCCCUGGUUACGGAGACCGACAAGGAGCCUGGGCUACGUCAAUAAAAGAUGCUAAUCAGUUUAUAGAGGUAGAGUUUAAGGAAGCUGUUUUUGUGACAGGUAUGGACAUUUACGAGACAUACCAUGCUGGUGGGGUUAAAGCCAUUAAAGCACUAGGAGAAGAUGGGAAAUGGCAUAACCUAUGGAAAACUGACAGAGUGACUGUGAUUAAAUCAUCCAGAGUGUUCAAACCUGAGCUUGCAGAGUUAAGCUACAGAACAAAGAAUAUCCGUGUAGAAGUUGACUGUACUGGAUGUGGAACAUGGGUAGAGAUUGAUGCUAUACAACUACAUGGAUGUACAUACUUGAUAGAGCCACCUCCACCAAUGGAAGAUCUGUCGCGGGAUUUAGGGGCUAUAGUGAAUGAUGAGAGAUUCAGUGAUUGUCAGUUUUUACUGGAAGGCAAGAAAACUGUAUAUGCACACAAGGCUAUAAUCUGUGCAAGGUCAGACUACUUCAGGGCAAUGUUUGAAGAUCAAACAAAAGAAUCUAAGUCAAAGACUGCCAUAGAAAUCAAGGAUGUAUCGUAUGAUAGUUUUAUAGCUGUGCUGCAUUUCCUGUAUACAAAUAGUUUACCUCCAAAAUUAAAAGAAAAACAGAAAGAUGAUACAAUUAUACUGACUGAUGUAUGGAGAGUUGCUGACAGAUUGAGCAUGGACGGUUUUAAGAGGUUGGCAGCUUACAUGAUUAGUUUAAAGAUAGAUGAUAAGAACGUAGUGGACACAUACGUUGCUGCCGUUAGCAAACUCCCAGUUAUAGAUGAAGUUAAGAACAACUGUAUGUUGUACAUGUCAACCCAUUUACAGAGCAUUGUUAACACUGCAAGCUUCACGGCUCUACCUCAGGACGUAAUGUUGGAAAUCAUUCAGGGAACUACAGCAAAGUUGAAAAUAUAAUAUAGAAUUUAUAUCUUUUAUAUCAGGUAUAAAAUGCUCAGGACUAUACAUAUUUAUAGAUUGUUGAUCAAAUUUAUUUCAAGCAUUCUUUUUGUUAAGAAUUUAUUUUGGUCAAAAUUGUAGCUCCUUCAGUUAUAUGAAAGAGUCUAAUUUUGUUUCCCAGGCCCUGUGUUCGCAUCAAAAAGAUCAGAAUCAGGAUCAAAUUAUCUUGAUUUUAUUUUAUUGUUUUAUGAAACUAAAAUUAUUCUUAUUUGGCAAGAUUUAAUUGGUACAUGUUCAAAAUGUAAAAAUUGCUGAUUUGCAAAGAAACAAACCUAUUUUGG